CUAAAACCCUAUCCUCAAAUCGUAUAUAAUCCAUCUCCCUCUUCCAAAAUCCCGUAGCUCACGGCUCGCCCCAUUUUUCACCUUCACACACAGCUUGAACAUACACAGCUGAAAAACACUACAAAAUGCCGGCGGGUCACGGCUUGAGAGCGCGCACCAGGGAUCUAUUCGCCCGGCCGUUCAGGAAGAAGGGUCCUACCCACUUGUCCACGUACCUUCGUGCAUACAAAAUCGGCGACUAUGUCGAUGUGAAGGUAAACGGGUCGAUCCACAAGGGUAUGCCCCACAAAUUCUACCAUGGCCGCACAGGACGCGUCUGGAACAUUACCAAGCGGGCGAUCGGGGUUGAAGUCAACAAGCAGGUUGGCAACAGAAUCAUAAGAAAGAGGAUACACGUUCGUGUUGAGCAUGUUCAGCCCUCGAGAUGCCAUGAGGAGUUUCUGCUGAGGAUAAAAGAGAACGACAAGUUGAAGGCGGAGGCCAAGUCACAGGGAAAAAUCAUCAGCACGAAGAGGAAGCCAGAAGGACCGAAGCCCGGUUUUAUGGUGGAAGGUGCCACCAUAGAAACUGUAACUCCCAUUCCUUAUGAUGUGGUCAACGAUCUCAAGGGUGGUUAUUAAGGAGUGUUGUUGGCUUUGGAUAACAGAAGUUGGGAUAUUUUUCUUGUGCUUCUGCUGUUUUUCUUUUGCUUUAUUUUACUUUCUGUUCCUGUGGGUAUAUGAACGAUGCUGGCAGUUGUAACUUGAGUCGAGACAAAUUUUGGGCAGUAAGAUAUGUGCAACUUAUUGGUACCAUCAUCUUUGAAUUUGGUUGAAUGGGUAGUAGUAACUUAUGGUGNA